AAAAAACAAUUCAAUUGGAAAAUGUCCAGCAAUUCUGAAGAUGGAUGUCGUAAGAAAAUUCCACGCAUUAUGACAUUUCGUCCAAGCUAUGAAGAAUUUAAAAACUUCUCAGCAUAUAUCGAUUACAUAGAAUCUAGGGGUGCCCACUUGGGAGGUAUUGCCAAGAUUAUACCGCCACCCGAAUGGAAACCACGAUCAGAGGGUUAUGAUAUUGAUAAUAUCAAUAUGACAAUACCCGCUCCAAUAUCGCAAGUUGUUUCGGGCAAACAAGGAGAAUAUCAACAAAUUAAUGUUUUGAAAAAAUCAAUGACAUUGCGACAAUUUAAAGAACUGGCCGAAUCGGAACGACAUCAAACCCCUAAACAUUUUGAUUAUGAUGAUCUCGAAAGAAAAUAUUGGAAAAAUGUGACAUACAUUGCACCAAUGUAUGCUGCCGAUGUUAAGGGUUCUCUAAGUGAUCCAGAUCUUGAUGUGUGGAAUAUUGACCGCUUGGAAACGAUAUUGGAUUAUGUCAACAAGGACUAUGGCAUUGAGAUUGAUGGUGUCAAUACAGCCUAUUUAUAUUUUGGUAUGUGGAAAAGUUCAUUUGCAUGGCACACAGAAGAUAUGGAUUUGUAUUCAAUAAAUUAUCUACAUUUUGGUGCGCCCAAAACAUGGUACGCCAUACCACCGGCCUAUGGACGUCAAUUGGAGAAAUUGGCCAAUCGUAUUUUUUACGAAAACUAUCAGAACUGUAAUGCCCAUCUACGGCAUAAAAUGACAUUGAUUAGUCCGCAGGUGUUGAAGCAAAAUAAAAUACCCUACAAUCGUAUUACCCAGGAGGCUGGGGAAAUAAUGAUAACCUUUCCCUACGGUUAUCAUGCUGGCUUUAAUCAUGGUUUUAAUGGAGCCGAGUCUACAAAUUUUGCGUCAAAACGUUGGAUUGAAUAUGGCAAAAGAGCAUCAAUCUGUCAUUGCCGCAAGGAUAUGGUGAAAAUAUCAAUGGAAACCUUUGUGAAACGUUUUCAGCCGGAACGUUAUGAUAAUUGGUUGAGAGGUGUAGAUUAUGGUUGUCAUCCAGAGGAACCGGACAAAAUUUGUGCCGCGCCACCACCCACCAUCAACAAGUAUACAUAUUUAAAGAGAAAAUCCUCUGAAUGUUCAGAAGGUUCACAACAAAAACGUGGUUGUUCUCUGGCUUUACGUGAUGACACUACAAAUUCGAAUAAUUUGGAAAUGGAAAACUCACUCGAUGGUGGUCUGUACGUUGAACAGAAUUUGUUGAAGAAAGUCCCUACCUUAAAACUGCAUAAAAUCAAUGUAGAUUCUAAAGAUUCAUCACAAAAUAGUGGUAGUGGUGAUGUUACCUCAAAAUCUGUUGACUACAAUGCCACCGUGGCUGUGCAAAUUCAACGCAUAUGGAAUGCGUUGCCAUGUCCGACAGUUGGAAAAAAUCUUCUCACUAAUGGUAUUAUUAAAAAUACCAAACGUAUGCGUUUUCAAACUAAGACCAUACUAUUAGAUGAUGAAGAUUAG